AUGGAGACGAAACUGCUGGUCGAAGCGAAUGAAGCUGAUGAGGAUGGGGGGGAUUGUCAGAGAACCGAGCGUCGAGACACACGCACGUACGCAACACACACCGGGUGGGCCCCUGUAGUCCCUGAGGCGCAUCCCCCGAAUCUCUCCAGGAUUCGCAAGCGACAACUGUCGCCCAAACGUUUCAAGCUGGGUUGGUCGAUCUAUAUUUGCCAAGGGGUCCAUCGCGAGGCUGUCGAUGCUCAUGAUGUUCGCCAGAUGUCUGGGCAGACCUUGGCAGAUGCAGUGUAUGAUAGGGAUGCUUCAGAAUGGUAG